GAAUUUUCGGCAUUGUGUAAUACGGCCACACUGUAAGAAAGAAGCGGGAUCGCGCUUUAAAAUUUACGAAUUGCUGUGUUUUCAAAUUGGUGAGUUCGAAUCAUGCCCAGAAAAAAAGGAGCGGGAAGACCCAAGGCGCAAGUGUCCAAGCCAACGCUGGGCGACACGAACGCAGGAAGCGACGACGACACGGCUUUCCGAUCGCCUGAGCCAGAAGAUGGUACCGACUACGGCUUGGAGUUCACCACAAGCCGGCUCACCCUGAAUUCCAAUCGCCAAUGCUCGACGCUGCGCAAGGAGACUGCAGGCGGCCAGAGGUCGCGAGCAGCGGACAGAACCUCCAGCGAUGAGGAGGAUCAGGAGAAUCACCCUCCAGCAGCCAGAUCGGCGCAGACGAGCCGGGCGACCGCUCAGCAGGAGAGGCGUCAGGCCCCCAGCCAGCCGGUCAGGACGCAAGCACCAUCCACCGGAUCGGCCGGUGCCCAAAAUCAGACCAGGCGACGCAAGAUGGCCAACCCCUUGAGCCGAGCCAGGAGGAUGGAUCGCGAGAUCCGGCAUCUGCAGAACCAUCCCGGCAUUCUGCUACCCAAGCUGCCCUUCUCGCGUCUGGUGCGCGAGUUCAUCGUGAAGUACAGCGACGGAGCACCGAUGAGGAUCACCGAAGGCGCCCUGAACGCCCUGCAGGUGUCCUCCGAGUUGUUCGUGACGCAUCGUCUGGCCGACUCCUACAUGCUCACCAAGCACCGCAAUCGCGUCACUCUGGAGGUGCGCGACAUGGCAUUGAUGGGCUUCAUCAUCGACCGGGCCCACUAAUAGUCCAUAUCAUCUUAAAAUGUUAACUUAACUUUAAGUAUUUUUCCAGCAAUUUCUUUUAAGUUUGAGUAUAAACACCACCAAAUGAAUACAUGUUUUUUUAGUUUUA